AUGAUUUUACAAGCUAGUAGUAGCAGCAGCAGCAAUAGCAAUAGUCGUAGUAAUAAUGGUGGUGGUAGUCGUAGUAGCAAUAGUAGCAGUAGCAGUAGCAGCAGCAGUAGUAGUGAUAAUAGUGAUAACAGCAACAGCAACAGUAGCAGUAGUGGUAGUGAUAGUAGUCGUAGUAGUGAUGGUGGCGGUGGUAGUAGUAGCAGUAGCAACAAUAAUGUAGUAGUAAGAGUAAUAGCAGUAGGAGCAGUAGUAGAUAGUAGUAAUAGUAAUAGUAGCGGUCGUAGUAGUAGCGGUAGUGAUAGCAGUAGCAAUAGUAGUAGUAGUAGUAGAGCAGAGCAGUAA